AGCUUAUAUUAGAGUAUACUAGUCAAAUUCUUAAAACAAAACAUUGUACAAUCUUAUUAAAAUGUUAACACAGAGUAUAUUUAACCAUUUAUUUCACAUAAACCAAUCAAAUAUUAUUUUUAACAUUGUCAAGCACCUUUCCUUAUGAAAUUAUUCUUGACUACUAUUUGUUUACCAAACAGGAGAAAACAUGCAUUGUUUGAUAUUUUAAUUUAGUCAUAUGUAUGUUUCUGCUGCUGCACUUGUUCCACUUUUUCAAUAUUAACUUUUAUUUGAUCUAGAUAAAUAUACUACAGAAAUUAAACAAUAUCACAUUCUUGCAGAAGUUUCAGUAAACCAUAAUGACAAGAUUUAGAAAAACGUCUGUCCAAUCAGAACUACAGGUGAUCCCAUAUAUCACGUAAUCACUUAAAAUAUGUAAUUAUAAACCAUGCUAAAACCUCAACCCUCACCUUAUUUGUUCACUUUUAAACAGGCACUUUUUAAUACCAAUUGUUCUUCCUAGCUAUCCUAAUGAGACAUACUGUAUACACAGGUUUUGCCUUCUUCUAACCUAUUUAAGUUUUCAUUUGCAGGCACAAGUUUGUAAAUAUGCUUUGACAAGACAAAACAGGCAUUACUUGAAAAGGGAAAGAUAUGUUUUUACUUGCUAAAACCACACCUUUUUCAAAGCUAAUUCUGAAAGAGAACUUCCUGUUUCUGAGACCCUUGAGAGGCUUCUAAAGCCAGAUGAUGGCAGAAAACAAGCUACUAUCUGAAGAGGAAUUUCCACAACGGAACCAGGUGUUGGGCAGUGCCAAAACUGAUGAAGACCAAAGAAGACAUAAGAUGCUUGAUGACUGUGAACAUCAAGAGAUUAAGAGAGGAGGCAAUAAGCCAAACCUGGGUUCCCCAAAAAUUGGGAAAAUGGUGCUUAACAGAGAAACAAGAGGAAAGCAAUUAGAGGCAGUACUCCUCCACCAUCUUGAAGACGUUGCUGCAGAAAAAGUAAGAGCUGAAGCCCAUAUUCAGUCAUUGAAGAAAAGAUAUCAAGACCUUACAAUAAAUGCAGAUCUGAAGAAGCAGCAGGUUUCUGAACAAUAUGAUGUAAUUAGAAAAGCACUGGAAUCUGAUGAGAGAGCUACUCUUGAAUCUAUAGAACAAGAGAAAAGAGUAACUGGUAGCAAGCUGAACAAAUCCAUUAAGGAAUGGAGUCAGUAUCUUACUCAGGCUCAGACAUCUCUAAAAAAGGCAGAGAAGGAUAUGGAAGAGAACAGAGCUGGACACAUAUCACAGGAUAUCAGCAUUGAGCACAGUUGCCACAAAAAAAUUGAUGACCAAGACAUUUUCAUGAAUGAAUUAAGAUUUCAAAAGCUACUAAAAUUACUGCAAAACAUGAACAGUGACCUCAAGGCACAACUUCAGAGGAAGUCAUAUUUGCUAGAUGCUUCUUCCAUUACUUUUGAUGAAAACACAUCUCACAAAAAUCUCAUGGUAUCUAAAGAUCUAACCAGUGUGUACCUAACCAACGAGGCACACACAAGGGAAGAGAACCCUCAGCAGUUUGACAAAGUUUGUUGUGUGCUUGGCACUACAAGUGUUUUCAGUGGAAGGCAUUACUGGGAGUUUGACGUUAAGUGCUGCUUGCAGUGGAGCCUUGGCAUUGCUUACGGAUCUAUUGAGCGUAAAGGAACGCAAAAGUCUGUCAAGCUUGGAAAGAACAAACAAUCCUGGUGUCUUGAACUGAGAAAUAACCAGCUGUCUGCAUGGCAUAAUGAUCGUUAUAUCAUCUGUGUGAAGAGACAGCCUUUAUUAAAUAAGGUUGGGAUAUUUGUUGAUUUUGAAAUGGCUCAACUGAUCUUUUUCAAUGCAACUACUAUGAAAGUUAUUCAAGAGUUUUCUCCUGCAACAGCCAGUGUAUUUGAUACUGUGCACCAUUCCUUUACACAGCCAAUUUAUCCGGCUUUACGGUUUUUCCCAUUAAACUCAUCUACAUUAAAGGUUGACCAUAUUGAUAUCUGCAAGCAUAGUGUUUAAUAAGCCAUCUUUUGACUUGCCCCAGAAAGUGCUACUGUAUAUUCACUUCAAAUCAAGUUAAUCAUAAUUUCAGAAGCUCUAUUUAAAAAUAGAAUGUUUUAAUGAUGAUAGAAAAAAACAGUUUCGUUUAUGUGUUAACUAUGGAAUUCUGACAACCACUAGUUAUGUUGGGAGCAUGCGCUGAUAGCACAUUGCCGCACCCACCACACAACAAACCACCUGGUUACUAGUUAUUAAAUUGUAUAUCCGUUUUCUAAAGCCUAUCCUGUAAUCAUCAGUUGCUAGAUAUGAAGCACUUUUGCAUCUCUUCGGUUUAAGAUGAUGGCUUUGCUACCCAUACUUGUGCAAAUCCCAACUCAACCUCCAAUUUUUUACCUCUCUCACAGCUCUCAAUUAGCACUCUAUUACAUGAAAAGCCAUACUGGAUUAUAUUAUUAUCUUUAUAAGCAUCAAUUUAUCGAUUAGACACUUGUGCUCAAGCCACCUGCAGUGCACUCUUAAGAGAGAGUAACAAACAUCCAAAAAACCUGUUUAUAUGUUACAUUAAAACAUGUUUAUAUGAAAACGUCAAACACUUACCUUCUUUUCACUUUUCCAGGGAAAACCUAAUACUUAAACAUGCCAGCAAUACUGCUACUACAUGUAUUGGUAGACAGACAGCUUCACUGCACACACAUCAAUAUUGUUAUUGGUCUAAAAUAUUCAUAUCGGUUGGGAAAUAACUGUAUGGUAAAAAACAAAUAAUUUUGAAACACUAAGAUUUCUAAUUUAAAUAUACGUUAAUUUAAUAUAUGCUACCUAGCUCCCCUAAACAGGAUUAAGCAUAUUUGUGAAUGCUAUUAUUAAUUAUUCUAGAAUAACAUUCACAAUUUAUUGAUAAAAAUCACAGAUGUAGCUAUUUCAAAGUAACCUCUCAAGGUUUAUCACAAGAAAGAAACAUCCAGUCUGAAAAAUAAUUGUGCAAGAAAGUAAUACAAAAUUGACAACACAGUGGUUAGUACUGCUGCCGCAUAACUCCAAGAGACUGACGUCAGUCACUAUCCUUUCUCUAUCUGUGUAAAUUUUCUCUAGGUACUUCAAUUUUUCACUUGCAUCACAAAGACACUGAGCUUGAUUGGUGACUCUAAAUUGACUUGAGACAAGACUGUGAGAAGGUGCAGAAGGUAAGGGUGAUAUGCAGUGGAAUGGCACUCCAUGCAGGCUUUCACUACUCUAUAAGAAUAGAUAGAGAAUGUUAACACCAAAUCUUUAAAGUGACUGCACAUCAAAGCAGAGCUUAGAUUUCAUGAUUUUGAAAUAUUCUUCCGCAAUAGAAUAUUCUGAUAUGCUAGAAAAAUAGGAAAAAAAUCCCUUGUUUAUUAGAAUGCCUACUUUAAUUACCAAACAUAGUAAAAAAUAAAAUGAAAAAUGACUCUUGUUGGGAAUAUACAAUAUACUCUAGAAAGACAUUGUUUUCUUUCCUGGAAAAAAAUGCUUCCUUAAAAAUUAAAGCAUGAAAUAAAAUAUACAGACAGAUUCUGUGCCAAAAGGUAUUAAAUGCUGCUAGACUCUGGUAUUGGCUCUGGUCACCUAGGGAAAUAUAUUUGCAAAAAUGUCAAAACUUAUAUCAAGAUAGAUACUUUUGAACAAAUUGCUGUUCUAUAAAUAGCUUUGCAAAACACCAAAAACAAAAUUCACCUUUACCCUGCAUUAGGGAGUGUUCUGAUAACUAAGACAUUGCCCUUCAAACCUCAAGGUUACUGGUUCACUUGUCUAGCCUACUGUGGGAGUAUGAGCAAGUAACCUAACCAGCUUGUGACUCAUAAACAAAAAUUAAUGAAUACAACUUAAUAAUAUUCCUGUACUUAUAAAAUGUUUAGGGGCAGUGUCCAUUAGAGAAAGGUAAUAUAUAAACAGCAUAUGAUAUAGGCAUUUUUAGAACAUUAGAAUACUCUUGACAAGAACAGGCCAUUCAGCCCAACAAAGCUCGCCAGUCCUAUCCACUUAUUUCUUCCAAAAAAACAUCAAGUCCAGUUUUGAAAGUCCCUAAAGUCUUACUGUCUACCACACUACUUGGUAGCUUAUUCUAAGUGUCUAUCAUUCUUAGUGUAAAGAAAAACUAUGUUUGUCCGAAAUUUACCCUUAACAAGUUUCCAACUGUGUCCCCGUGUUCUUGAUGAAGUCAUUUUAAAAUAACAGUCUCGAUCCACUGUACUAUUUCCCUUCAUAAUUUUAAACACUUCAAUCAUGUCACCUCUUAAUCUUCUUUUGCUUAAACUGUAUAUGCUCAGGUCUUUUAAUCUUUCCUCAUAAUUCAACCCCUGUAGCCCUGGAAUCAACCUAGUCGCUCUUCUCUGGACCUUUUCUAGUACUGCUAUGUCCUUUUGGUAGCCUGGAGACCAAAACUGCACACAGUACUCAAGAUGAGGCCUCACCCGUGCAUUAUAAAGGUUGAGCAUAACCUCCCUGGACGUGUACUCCACACACUGUGCUAUAUAACCUAACAUUCUGUUAGCCUUCUUAAUGGCUUCUGAACACUGUCGGGAAGUCGACAGCUUAGAGUCAAUUUAACUUAAAUUUACCAUGAUCUUAUCUUCAUCACGAGGCUACAAAACUACAUUGAUAAAUUGUUUGCUGAUUUUCUAAAGCAAAACUAAUACAUAUUAAUAAAAGGCCCAUGUCUUUAUGAUUUUUAUUUUUUAUGACUACAUGGAUUUCCACAUAAUAGGAAAGUAUGAUUAAGGUCUACAGUUGAUUCUUGUUUCUGGAAUAAUGUUUGUUCUCAUUAAAAAGAAAGAAUUCAAUAACGGUUAGACAGUGUUUAACUUUGCUGUCGUUUAUUGUUUUUCCAAGACAAUAGGAAACCUUGAGUUUACCAUUUUUGCUAACAAAUAUCUAAUUUUAUAAUUUACUUUUUCUCGUUCAGCAUGUGAAACUGAAAUAAAACUAUUCUUCUUGUAUGUAAUUUAAGUAUUACUUGAAAUCCAGCAACAUUUCAAGACUUUAAAGUGUCUGAAACCAUUUGCACACCAUAACUUAUUCAACUAAUGAUAAAUUGUGACAUUGUAGAAUUAUUUCCCUAUCAUUAAUUCAGACAAUAGUUUCAUGCGGAGAAUAACUACAGUAAAAUGAAUAUUCCACGUACUGUGACAGGAACUGCAUUACAACAUCACAAUCAGCAUUUGUUUCUUAGUGUUGUACAGCAUACAAAAACGAAUACAUAUAAAAAAGUCCACAGAAGACAUCAUUCUGUUACUAUUUACAGAAAUGUAUUGUAAUGUACUAUAGCUAUAAGCACAACUGCACUGUUUCUCAGUUUCAUUUUUUUAUUUACACUUCAUAUUAGGAUUAAUUAAAGACAGACAUUAAAUAUGUGUUACAGCUAAAAUCCAGGAAAAAAACAAAUCUCAGCUACUCAGAAGUUGAAUAAAUUCUCACUUAACUAUUCACUAUUCUGAGAAAUCUCUCUUCUUAUGGCUGUUUAUUCUUUAAGUUCUAUGGAACCUUAAGACUAUUUGUGAGGCUGAUUCAGUUAUUCAGUAAAAUAUGGAAAACAAUUCUCAUUUUUAAAUUAGACAAGACAUUACAUAUUUAAUUAAAUUACUGUUUUAGCAUAUUAGUGCUUUCUUUUAAGUACCUUCUGAUAAAAUGUCUAGACAUUUGCACUCAAUGCAACACAUUAUCUUGUAUAUUGAAAUUUCUUAACUAAAUAAAACUAACUAAUCUCA